AUGAAUCCACAAGACCAGCACGCGGUACGAGCCACCCGCCCGCGUUUAUCUAACUCUCAAGCACACGACUUUCAGGCUACCAUCGACGCGCUCGAGGCAGCCUACCUUCGCAUACGACAAAUACGGGACAGCAUAGAGCACCUGCGUCGUACCAUGCCCACCCCUCCGAGUGGCACGCCUCCCGAUGACUUUCAAUGGGAAAUUGAACCGGACGGGAACGCGAGGAGCGCACCGGAAAAUGCGACCUCGGCGAGCAUCGGAAGGGCGCGCAUAGGAGCAGGGAACUCGGAAGCUGCGGGAGGGAUGGGUCCGUCGCAUGCUGGCAUUGUGCUCGCGGGUGCCGAGGACGCAGAGAUCGAGAGAAGGAUACAGCGGCUUCGCUCGAUCAUCUCGCCGUCUGCGCGGCAACGCCUCGAGGAUUUCGAGACGCACACGCAGCGCCGGCGAGGUAGCGUUCGGGAAAGCGACGCCCCUCGCGGUAUAGAGCCAGGUGCAGGCUCGACGUCGACUGCGCCGCUGUCGGUCGCAAGGGUCCCGCCGGCCGCGGCGACUAGAGGGCGUCCACGUUCGCCACCGUUGCCCGAUCUUCUCUUGCCACCCAGGCCUGCGCCCGCAAACCCACCGGCUAGGUCCGCUAUCGCGCGGUUCAGGCUUCGGCACAUAGGUGCCGCUACGUCAAGCGACGACCCGAACACGACUCUGGGGGCCGUAGUUGAAUCGCGAUCGCGGGCAGGUACGGGGCGGACGAACGCACGCCAGGGCACCGAAGAAGGCGUCUUCCACUAUUCACCUCCGCUGCCUAGCGACCCGGCCGCCAACCCGGUGCUGCAGGUGGAGGUGAUGAGGACCACACGGACGCGAGUUGAGAGCGAGCCCUCGGCAGGGGAAGAUCCUCUGUCGGCGUUGGCGCGUAUUCGAGCUCGCAGAAGCAUGCGCGAAGAAUUCGAAAGCCUACGUCCGUCUAGCAGCAGGGUAGAUACUGAGAUCAGCUACACGAGCACGUCUCUUCCGCCGCCCCACGAGCUCUUGAUGUCUGACCCAGCAGGGGAGCCUGUGGUUCGCCCUCCAUUUGCGCUUACUCAAGAUAUCGCUGCGCACCCGAGUCGACGGCUCAUCCUCCUUCGUGGAAACGACGGUGAUCGUCAGAGUCUUACACAACAUGCUUCUAACGAGACUACGGAACGGCUUCCUCGCCGCCGGUUCGCGACUUUCACCCAGGACGAGCAGAACAGGAUAUCGAGAAUGCGCCAGGCCAUUCAUUCAGCGGGACGGUCACGACCUCGGAACAGGAACAUCUGGCCACGGCUGAACGCUGACGGGGACGAAGUACCCUGGGAUGACCCCAGCGGCAUCCUCGGCACACUGCCGUUGCAAGGCUACUCGCACUACACGCCGGACGAGUCUAGCCAGCCGGAGCCCGGGCACCUGCAGUACUACUCGCCCCUCGAAUACGGCCGGAUAGAGGAGACGCGGCAGAGUGUCGCGCUGCAAGAGCUGUUUGCGAACAUCGGCCGGCCGGCACCGAGGAGGCCGCAGCGCGACGGCUCGGGCGACACGCGGGAUCCUCCUGCCGCAAACUCGGUGCCGCUGAUGCAUGUUCCACUGCCCCCGCCGUCUGGACCCUUCGUGCCCUCGGUUCUGCCUGCUCUUCCCUCGGACAUGGUCAAGAAGGUGGCUCCGCUGGGGGCCAAACAUGCACGUUCUAUUCGCGUCUCGAGUUAUGCUAGCUUUGCUGGGCGGUAA